ACUUCCGGUUUGUCGUUGCUAUAGGAACCGCUCGGCGUUUGAGUGUGCCCUGGCUACUUGGGAUCUGUAGGGGUUGUACCUCCGGAUACGUGCGUGGUCUGGUGACCCAGAAAGAAGAAGCGAAAGCAGAACUCUUUGGCAGGGGACCAUGUCGACCGUCGUAGCUCAGUGGCUGCAUGUUUUUGGUCUCCGAUCCCACGUGGCCAACAAUAUCUUCUUCUUCGAUGAGCAGAUCGUUAUAUUUCCUUCAGGAAAUCACUGUGUGAAGUACAAUGUGGAUCAGAAAUGGCAAAAAUUCAUUCCAGGCUCAGAUAAGAGUCAGGGCAUGUUGGCCUUGUCCAUCAGUCCCAAUCGGCGAUACCUCGCUAUCUCCGAGACUGUGCAAGAAAAACCCACCAUCACCGUUUAUGAACUGUCAUCCAUCCCUUGCCGGAAGCGCAAAGUCCUUAAUAAUUUUGACUUCCCAGUUCAGAAAUUUAUUAGCAUGGCUUUUUCUCCAGACUCCAAAUACCUAUUGACUCAGACAUCACCUCCAGAGUCAAACCUUGUCUAUUGGCUGUGGGAAAAACAGAAAGUAAUGGCCAUUGUUAGAACCGACGCACAGAACAACCCUAUCUACCAGGUGAGCUUCAAUCCCCAGGAUAACACUCAGGUUUGUGUCACUGGAAAUGGGAUGUUUAAGCUUCUUCGUUUUGCCGAGGGAACCCUGAAGCAAACCAAUUUUCAGAGGGGAGAACCCCAGAACUAUCUAGCCCAUGCCUGGGUGUCUGAUGACAAGAUUAUUGUUGGCACUGAUACAGGCAAACUCUUCCUCUUUGAAUCUGGAGAUCAACGCUGGGAGACGAGUAUUAUGGUCAAGGAGCCCACCAGUGGCUCCAAGAGCCUGGAGGUCAUCCAGGAAUCAGAGAGCCUGAUUGAAUUUCCACCAGUCAGCUCUCCGAUCCCUUCCUACGAACAGGUCACGACAGCCACUAGCCCCAGCCAGCUGACCAUGCCCCAGGUGUUUGCUAUUGCAGCCUAUUCCAAGGGAUUUGCCUGUUCUGCUGGGCCAGGGAGAGUUCUGCUGUUUGAGAAGAUGGAAGAUAAGGAUUUUUACCGUGAGAGCAGGGAAAUCCAGAUUCCAAUAGACCCACAGAGCAAUGACCCAAGUCAGUCUGACAAACAGGAUGUUCUCUGCAUGUGCUUCAGCCCCUCAGAGGAAACCCUGAUUGCCAGCACCAGUAAGAACCAACUCUACAGCAUCACCAUGUCCGUGACAGAGAUCAGCAAGGGGGAGCCUGCUCACUUUGAGUAUCUGAUGUAUCCAUUACACUCAGCAGCCAUCACCGGUCUAGCUACCUGCAUCCGCAAACCUCUCGUUGCCACCUGUUCUCUGGAUCGAUCCAUUCGCCUCUGGAAUUAUGAAACAAACACUCUGGAACUAUUUAAGGAAUAUCAAGAAGAGGCAUAUACGGUCAGCCUUCAUCCAUCUGGACACUACAUUGUAGUAGGGUUCGCUGACAAACUACGCCUUAUGAAUCUACUCAUUGAUGAUAUUCGUGCUUUCAAAGAAUACUCGGUCAGAGGAUGCAGAGAGUGUUCCUUUAGCAAUGGAGGUCACCUGUUUGCUGCAGCCAAUGGAAAUGUGAUUCACAUUUUUACCACCACAAGCCUAGAGAACAUCACAAACCUGAAAGGACACACAGGGAAGGUAAGCUAG